AUGCUGUCGUUUACUCCAAAGCCGGUUCCUUCGUGGGACAAUCGUCCCGCCGUUUCAUCCCCACUAUCGUCUUCGCCUGUACGCGUCUCAUCGCCUCUUUCUGCGGCCGAGGAAGACGCGCGAUGGCAGCCUCGCCAGGUCCAGUCGUCGCCAAUCAGGCCCAAUAAUUCCAAGUUUCAAUCACGGCCUGCGCGUCCGAAUCCCGUCAUGAAAAGAAGAGAGGAGCUCCAGGAGCAGAGGCGCAAGGGCUUCCUGCAGAAUGUCCGCCAAAAGGCCGAGGAUAGAUCUUGGCAAAGAAGAGACAUUGAGGGCCAAUUUCUGAAAACGAGCUGGUUAGCUAACGUCGGCCGCUUGUCUCAUGAUGCACCUUCAUUCUCUGAUGCCGAUAUCGAGGAUGCCGCAACUUUCUCGCCUGAAACGACACAAUCGCAAAUGGACGAGGACAUGAUUCCGGAAGAACUCAUGGAUGAAGAGCAAUUACUUACGUCUUACGAAGAGGAAGUAAUGGCCCAGCAGGGAUCCCGGCUUCCAGCACUGGCCGAGGAGGAUGACGAGUAUGAUGACAUUUUUGCCGAACUCAUUUCACAAGAACAACAGCAAAAACCUUUGCCGCAACAGCAACCGCAUCAACAGCAUCAAUCUUCACAACCUUCAAACCAAAUGGAAAUCGAUUAG